AUGCCUCCCAGAAAAUUGAGCACAUCGCGCCGCCAACCCAGCGUUGACCUGACCGGCUUGAGCUCAGACCUGGGCGUCGAUAGUGAUGCCGACGUCGAUUUCGACCCUGUUCUAGCUGCUACAGAGCUGAAGAAAGUCAUUGACGAGCACAAAAAACAUCGGUUUGCGGCCCGCAAGAAGAUUGAGAAAAAGUACCAGAACAAGGUGGCCGAGAUCGUCAAGAGAACAGAGGCACGCAUGGCCGAGCGUGACAUGGCUAAAGCACGCACGCGGCAGGAGAAAAUGGGCCGGCUGGUGGCUGCCAUGGAAGCCCGCGAUGUCAAGCAGCGCACCGUGGCCGACAAGGUGGGCCGGUUCUACAACAGCUGCAUGAACCUGACGAGCGUGUUGCAGAUGGUGUAUAGCGGACUGGCCGAGGACGCGCAGAAGGCAGUCCUUGACGACGGGACCAUGGGGAUUGAUACGAUUCAAGGUUGA